AUGUUAUUAAAUAGUUGGUUAAUCGUGGGGUGUAUCGCUUUACAAACUCUUAAUAGUGUUUCCAUUCCUACAGAUUUAUCUUUGUGGUGCACUUACUACGCUAAUUGGUUUUCAUUCAAGUGCGUGUGUUCGCCUUCUUGUGAGGAAAUGAAGGCAUUUUAUGUAUCGGAUUUCUGUGGUCAGUUUGUCUCUAAUUUGCGUCUUUUAUUGCAUGUUAUGAGCGCCUCGGAAGCUUCAUUUCAAAAGGAAGUGUGUUGGCGGUCUACAUUUGUGCUUCCGUUCAGAUCCUCUGCUUCUCAAUCUCUUGCGGGUAUGAAAUCUUGUGCCCUCGGUAAUCCAACAAAAUAUUCUCUGUCGUCCAUGCCGGCAGUUGUUCCUUGCAUAAACGAAAUGCGCUACUCAAUUUCAUCUGCUUCCAAUUCCUCUCAUAGUCAAAUUGUGGAAAAAAAUACCUUUCCUGGGCCAUUGGGAUUCCUUUCCUCUGCUGCUUUACCAACGUCAAGAAUAUCUCAGAAUAGCAUUCAAGAAACUCGAGUCUUCGAUAAAUUGGCAAUUACUCGAAAUACAGUCGAAGUUUUACACGUGAUAACUCCUUUUUAUGCUCAAAAUCGCAAUUUUUCGAACAAGCCGCCCAAAAUUGAUCGCUCUCGCGUGCCGGAGCUGCGGGAAGAAGACCUGGAAGAGAAGUUUAUCUGCGGUUGGGGACCUGGCGGUCAGAGCAUCAACAAAACUGCCAGUGCUGUGUACCUCAGGAAUAUUCCAUCCGGUUUAUUUGUGAAGUGCCAAACGUAUCGGGCUCAGCACCAGAAUCGUAAAGAAGCGCGAUUGCUGCUGCAAGAAAAACUGGAUAUGUUGAUGAACGGUGAAGACAGCGUCGUUGCCCAGAAGCGGCGACUGCUCGAAGCUAAAUCCAGCCGAAGAGAAAACAAAUCUAAGAAGAGGCGGCAGCUCCAGGCUGCCUGGAAACAGAGCUUGCUUGAUGAGGAACCAAAAUCGUUGUCUACUGAAGCUGGACUCACUGUCAACAAUGACUCUCAAUAAUCUCAACUUAUAUCUUUCUCUACAAAUAUGAAAUUCAGUGAAUUAUGUGUGAUGCGGCGCGAAGUUCAUUCAAAGAUCUGUACUCUGUCCAAAGAAAAUAUUUUGCAGGCAUGGAAUCAAUAAUUUAUUCUGAAUCAGAAAGUGUUUCUUGAAUGCAAACAGGUAUUUGAAUUAAGAAUUAUUCAUGAAAAAAAAAAGUUCACAUUAAGUAACUUGAAUUUUGUGUUGUUCCUGUUUAUGAUCGCUUAAAUAUAUGGCAGUUGAUUUUGUACUUAUUUCA